UUUAUUGUCAGUAAACGGCACAGGCGCAAGCUCGCGCUCGCGAAUCGCGAUGUCGAUUUCUGAUUUCAGAACAUUGGAUCAACUGCAGCUUCAAUUUAUAAAUAAGUUCAACUGAAAUUAUUCAUUAUGAAAAAUUAAUUAAUUGUUCAAAUAUUUCAGUUUAGAGUUACUGUUCUUUUAUAAUUUCGGUUACACAUCCAUCACAAUGACUAUCGGUCCUAACAGCGCUAAAAAACGUAAUGAACCUCAAGUAGUUCGUUGUCAGAAAUGUUUGGAGUAUGGCCAUUGGACUUACGAGUGCAAAGGUAAACGUAAAAUUGUGCUUCGUGAAUCACGUACAGCUCAACUUAACAAAAGGAUCAAGAUUUCUCUCGCGAAAGCCACCUCUGAUAUCGAAAACGUUAUUCAGAGCGAAUCUGCAUUAAGAAGAGAUUCUUCGUCCUCUUCAUCUUCUUCAUCGUCCUCAUCAUCGGAUACUGAUUCCAAUUCUUCGGAUUCCGAAGCUGUGGGUAAUAAUAAAUCUAAUGAUAAUAAUAGUAGCUCCUCUAGCGAUUCGUCCUCUAGCAGUUCAUCGAGUUCUGUAUCAUCCAGUGAUAGUGACUCUUCUGACGACUCCUCUGAUAGCGAUGAUGAUUGAAAUGACCAUAAAGAUGUUUUUUUUGUCGAGAUGUUCGCGAUCUCAUACCUAUUGAUGUUUUUUUUUGUUUAGCCAAGACGAUAUUGUGUCGUAAGCGUUUAAUUAUUAUGUACAUAAUUUGUUUGUUAUUUUGUUUUUUUUUUUAACAAUUGUGCAUUUCUUUUUAUAGUUUUUCUACAUGUGUUCCUGAAUGUUUUAGUUUUGAUUGUAUGUAUAUCAGUUUUAAAGAAACACGAUGAUUGACAUUUCUCUUGUGCUUUUUAAAUAUAUGAAGAGACAUGUCACCUUUU